AUGCUCAACCGUUUCCAGUCUGUAUUAAGAAUGUCCACCACUCAAAAGACACAGCCAACUUGACACAACUGUGGGAAGCAUUGGAGUCAACAUGGGCCAGCAUCCCUGAGAAAAUGGCUGGCAAUAAUGUUUAAAUGAUUGUUGAUGAACUAUCAUUGACAUAGGCACAGUGACAAAACAGCCAGGAAUCCUGGCUCAGUAACAACCAUACUGUAUAUUCCCACAAGAGGGAGCCAAGGCACAAUCCCAUGUGUGCUUUGGUCUAACUCUGACUCAACAUCUUCAGUAGACCUCCCAGGAAUAUCCCCACCCCACAGGCAGGUUCAACACACCAGGAGAAGUUAUAAUCACAUCUAGUGUUACCAGUGUGCUGGAGUUUCAUUUCCACUCAUGUUCAACAAACCUACAGGGAAUGGGAGAGAACCAAAAAGUUGUAUUUACUGUAAUUCAACAUCAAUGCUGACAGGAGGGAACAUUUCAGUUGGAGCAUGUCCAGGUUUAUAUGGCUGUGUUUAGACAGCCCACUUCAGAUCUUUUUUUUGAGUAAUUCAGGGAUGCAAACUGAUGAGGGCCCAAAAAGGUGAAACAUUCUAAAAUAUCCACAAUAGGGGGAAGGAAGGUUUUAACUAAUUAAACAACAAAGACUAUGAUCUACAUUAUCAGUCUCUGUGUGUAAAAUAAAACGUGGUUAAUGUGAACCUCUCACUGUUAAAAAAUGUGUAGAAAUCAAUCCAAUGUUAUUUGUUGCCAAGACUUUACUGCAUAAGACACUCAAGUCUUGACGCCUCAUUUUCACCCAAUUCUCUCAUUCUGAAAAUUAACCACAACGUUACUGUAGAGGGAAAACAUUAGUUCAUAGAUAGUUAGUUCGUUAACAUUUCACACAGAUUGCCAGGGUCCAGUAAGCAACUACGUUAACAAUAUAACUUGAGGAACGGCAAGAAGUCGUAUACCAGUUAAUACUAUAGCGAGUUGGUUCGUUUACUAACGUUAGCUUAUCCGAUGUUGUAACGUUCCUGUUAGCUAGUUGUCUGACUUCAUUACCCAGCUAAUUCUCACACCAUAAACUAAAUUAUUUGAUCAGCCAAGUUGGAUAGUGUUGCUCAAUAUUUCUCUGGCUAGCUAAUGCGGAGAAUUCGAUCCAACGAGCAAGAUACUUGGUGCUGAAAUACUUGGAUAUUUCAGCACCAUGGACAACAGUGAAAUCGGCAAAGCGAGAUCUGUCAUUCAGCACCACAUGACAGUAGACAGCAGCCAUCUCAUGUGAAGUUGGCACUGGGGAAAUCCCAUCUAAUGAGAAACGAGGCCAAGGAGGCAAAAAGACUGAAGGAAAAGACUCCCACAGAAAUUCUAUGCUAAACUGUUUCUGCCACAUUCAUUUCAAAUGUUAUAUCUUUCGAUUUGUAAAUAAUAGGGAAUACAUUUGCAAAUAAUUUCAACUGAUUAAUCAAACUACACUGUUUAGCUUUGGUGUGUCUGUGCAUCAUACCUACAACUGUAAGCAAUUCCGUUCUCAAAUGUCUGUUUAAUGUGAGAAACAAAAUGAAAAACAACUGUUAGACUAUUACAAUGCGGACUGUCAUGCAUUUUUAUAUUACCAACAAGACAACGAAGUGAUGGUCUAUACGCGACAUGGAGACAUUUGUAGUAUACUUCUCCCACCCAGCAAAAGCUCCCACGCUGAGCAAUAUUUUUUUACUAAACUAUUAUGCAUAUAAUCCAAGUCAUACGUUUAGUGUCAUUGAUACUCUUAUUUUUAACCAAUUAGCGUUGCAAGUGUACCUUAUCUCAAUUCAGAGCUCGGAAAUAUUGGAAUAACGUGCUUAAGAGGACUGACACAACAGGGGAAUACAACAAUCACAUUUUCAAUUGACAAUCAUUGCUUUAAAUAGUUACGGUUAAUAGAUGUGUAUAGGCAUUGGUAAACAAUUAAUUUCACUUGUAAACCAAGGUUGUAUUAGUAGGUCUAAGCAACAUGCAGCUGGAUACCUGCGUAAUGAAUCGAAAACAGGUUCCAAUCCUCAUAUAUACACAUUAUGACGAAAUAAAGAGCUUAAUCUUUCAAGACAUAAAGACAUAGAAGCAUACCCAUUUAUAAAGGUUCUACACAUUCCAUUUCUCCAUAGCAAUAGAAUGUAAACAUUCUAUUUUGUGCCAAACAUUACUUACAACUCAAUUCUAAGUGCAGCAUAUUGGACGACUCCACAGUAAUUGAUCAUUCGCGACUUUAACUUAUUCCUGUUAUCUCUAGAGCAUCUCGUAUAUCUAUAGCGCUGCGUUUCUACCCCAUCUUACCAUGGAUAGGGUUUGGUGCAUUCCGGAGUUCACGUAUGGUCCCACAAAGGAAUUCUGCAGAAGCAGCCUUUAUUUCCAGACUCUGCAGGCCUGCUGGGAGGAAACAUAUUACAAUAAACAGAAGAAGCUCAUGGUCCACUACCUGCUGCUCCAGAGUCAAGGCCAGAUCCCGCACCAUGUCACCACGGAGCACAUGAGCGACUGGUUGGUGUCUCAGGGCAAAAAAUCCCUUAGGGAGAGGGUGUGGAAGGAAACCCUGGAGGAGGGGAAUGACCUCGCUCGGCUGACAUGGGAAGUCAACACUUGCCUAAAAAUGAUAGACAUAGAGCACGAGGCUGUCUGCAAGCUCCGCCGCUCCUUGCACCCCACCUCGCCAGCUGACAUCGACCCUAAGGUCCACAGCAUCGUGGAAAGAGCUGUAAGGAGCAUUAUGGGCGAGCUGUCCAAUGAGCCCCAUAGCAACCUGCUCAGCCCAUCCCAGGUGGUUGUGGAGGUGGUGCCCAGGCUCCUCCUGGCCCUGUGGAUUCAGCCAAAGGAAGGCCAUUCAGGGCACCCAAUCCUAGUAAGCGGGAUGGCCGUGGGCAUGGUGGCGGCCGUAGUGGAGAAGCUCUCCAGCAUGUUAAGGGCCCCUUCCCCUCAAAUCCCUUUCUCCCGCGCUGCGGCUUUUGAAUCUGUGUGGUCAAUCCUCGGGAGAAUCAGUCUGUCCUUCUCCACGGAUGACCUCCAGAGCCCAUUUUAUGUGAGAUCUGUCUGUGCCUUUGUGGCUGAUGAAGUCCAGAGCUGCUUCCAGCCCCCUGCAGCCACCUUACCAGUCCUCCCUGUCGUCGCUGUGGCCGUCUCCACUGCACCUCCAGACAUCCUAGCAGAGGCAGACCCGGCAUCUUCCCACCUGGACGUCGUGGACAUCACCCAUAACAUACAGGCAGACCAGGCAUCUUCCCACCUGGAAGUUGCGGACAUCGGCCCUAAAACAGAGGCAGACAGAGCUUGUUCCCACAUGGAGGUUGUGGACAUCACCACUAACACAGAUGCAGACUCGGCGUCUUCCCACCUGGACGUCGUGGACAUCACCGCUAACAUAGAGGCAGACCCUGCUUCUUCCCACCUUGAGGUUGUGGACAUCACCCAUAACAUACAGGCAGACAAGUCAUCUUCCCACCUGGAAGUUGCGGACAUCGGCCCUAAAACAGAGGCAGACAGAGCUUGUUCCCACUUGGAGGUUGUGGAAAUCACCCCUAAGACAGAGGCAGACCCGGCUAAUUCACACCUGGAGGUUCAGGACAUCACACCUAAGACACAACAAGAUCCAGCUUCUUCCCACUUUGCUGUGAACAUCACCCGUAACAAAGAGGCAGAUCUGGUUUCUUUCCACCUAAAUGUUGUGGACAUCACCCCUAAUAGAGAGGCAGAGCCCAUCUCUUCCCUCUUGGAGGUUGUGGAUGUCACACCUGAAGAAAGGACUCUCAAGAUGGCCGCCUUUGCCUCUCAGCCAACUGACAUCCAAGCAGAGGAUGUUGCUGUGGUCAUCCCAGAUGUCACCCCACACGUCACCAAGGAUGUGACACUGGAUGUUCCAUGCAGAGCUGCAUGCAAAGGGAAAGUCCGGCAAUUUUUUUCAGGCUUUGGAGGGCAGUGUGCUGCUGCGCCUGCCACAAGGAAGAGGAGGAACAAGAUUAGUUAUUCAUCAGACCUUCAGAAAUGGGAUUGAACCAUAGACCAUUAAAUUAUUUGCAUCAUAAUAAUUGGAUUCAAUUCUGCUUUUCCUGUUUACUACUUAAUGUCAGAACAUUUCUAUAAACUUUCACUUUGCAAGUGUGGAGUAGGUUGUGUAAGUAAGUGGGAAACAUCUCAAUUUUAAUGCUUUUAAUUAUUUACUUACUACAUGUAAAAAAAAGAAAGAUAGUACUACUUGACUACAACAGAAAAUGGAGGGAGCUCAACCAACGUUGAGUUGAGGUGCAACCAAAACCUUUAAUCACCAUAGAAAAGGAAACAGCGCAACUCUUGCUCACUAUAAAAAAUGCAUUGUUUUAUUCAAGCAAGGUUAAAAGAUGAACAUUUUGACCUAGUCUAUGACAAUAUGCAAGUUGUGUUUGCCCAGGAAAAGGGUGACCCAGACUCACCCUGGUUCUUGAGGGUUGCAGACAGUGAAAAGAUAUCAUUAAGUAAAUGGGACUUUUGAAAUAUUGAAUAAAAAUCUUU